AUGCAAAAUAUAUUUGUUGAAAAAUCCCAAUAUGAAGUAUACAUAUAUAUAUAUAUAUAUAUGCAUGUAUAUGUGUGUGUAUAUGUAUAUGUAUAUGUGUAUGUGUAUGUGUGUAUGUGUAUGUGUGUAUGUGUAUGUGUGUGUGUGUGUAUGUGUACGUGUGUACGUGUGUAUGUGUAUGUGUGUAUGUGUGUUGUGUACGUGUGUAUGUGUACGUGUGUAUGUGCUUGUGUAAAGUAUGCAAAAUAUAUUCCGAUAAUAACCAAUAACAAAUUACAAAAUUUAAAAUCCCCAAAGAAAAUUAACCUGAUAUAUUCUGGUGCAAUGAUUAAAAAGUUCAUAGUGAAUCUGAUUUAA